AUGGAGCAGCCCAGGCUCUGCCGGUCCGGGCUGGACGGUCUGAGCGCCUUCCGCGCCAACGACUCGGAUCAGGUCCGGAACUGCAGCGCUCAGGAGAGCUCCGUCUACCAAGAUGGCACCCCGCUCUCCUGGAAGGUUGUCCUGACCAUCAUCCUGGCCCUUAUCACCUUGGCCACCAUACUGUCCAAUGCUUUUGUCAUCGCCACCGUCUACCAGAGCCGCAAGCUCCACACACCAGCCAACUAUCUCAUUGCCUCCCUGGCCGUCACUGACCUCCUGGUAUCCAUUCUGGUCAUGCCAAUCAGCACCAUGUACACUGUGACUGGGAAAUGGACCCUGGGCCAGAUUGUCUGUGACAUCUGGCUCUCUUCGGAUAUCACUUGUUGCACUGCUUCCAUUCUCCAUUUGUGUGUGAUCGCACUGGACAGAUACUGGGCCAUCACGGAUGCAGUGGAGUACUCUACCAAAAGGACGCCCAAGAGGGCAGCUGUCAUGAUCGCCCUGGUGUGGAUCUUCUCCAUCUCUAUCUCAAUCCCCCCUUUGUUCUGGCGCCAGUCAAAAGCUGAAGAGGUGGCUGAUUGCGUGGUGAACUCUGAUCACAUCUUGUACACCAUCUACUCCACAGUGGGAGCCUUCUACUUCCCCACCUUGCUGCUGAUCAUUCUCUAUGGAAGGAUCUAUGUGGAAGCCAGAUCUAGAAUUUUGAAACAGACGCCAAAGAACACAGGCAAACGGUUAACCAGAGCUCACUUAAUUACGGAUUCUCCAGGGUCAACAUCAUCUGUCACUUCCAUAAACUGCAAGGCCUCAGAGGUCUCCAGUGAGACAGGAUCACCUGUGUAUAUGAACCAAGUUAGAGUGAAGGUGUCAGAUGCCUUGCUGGAAAAAAAGAAGCUGACAGCUGCCAGAGAGCGGAAAGCUACCAAGACUUUAGGGAUUAUUUUAGGAGCCUUCAUCGUGUGCUGGCUGCCCUUCUUCAUCAUCACUUUGGUGUUGCCUAUUUGUAAAGAUGCUUGCUGGUUUCACAUGGCCAUCUUUGACUUCUUCACAUGGUUGGGAUAUCUUAACUCUUUGAUCAACCCCAUCAUCUAUACCAUGUCUAAUGAAGACUUCAAGCAGGCAUUUCACAAAUUGAUACAGUUCCGAUGCAGAAGUUGA